CAUUGAGUUUUCGGUUGGAUUUUUUUUUGCUUUCUUCCCUCCUUUUGGGGACCAGUGUGUUCAGAGCGAGGAAGACGAAGGAAGGGACAGAGCAAAGCUGCGAGGAGGUGUUAAAAAAGCCUGGCCUGUGCUCUGCUGGGCAAUGGUCCUGGCCGGCAUGCGUGUGGCUUUCAAACCCAGCACAUCAAACAGGUGAUGAAUGAUCGAUCGAAAGAGCUUUUGUCUUCCUCUUUUUUCCUCUCUUUCUUUCCCCCUUUUUUGAUUCACCGAUCCGUCUGACCGGACGAUUUCUCUGCAACCAGGGGAAUUCCUUGCAGGGAUAAGCUUUUAACGAGCCCUUGAUCGUCCGUUUUGGGUUGCCAGCAGUGUGUAAUCCUCUCUUUCUCCCUCUCGCGCGAUGGUAUCCUCCUAUCCUUCUUCGCAUUUCUACUUCGAGCACGAAAGAUCCGCGCUGCCCAUCAGCAGGGCUCGCGUCGUUUGCCCCUUUUGAGCGUAAAAAAGCGAUUUUUCUAAUAACGCUCCCCUACCACUCUCGCGUGUUGGAUCGCGCUGUUCCCCAAUCGCGGGACAUUCCCUUCCUCUUUUGCUUGGGUGCUGUUGUUGCGUAGUACCGUCCAAGCGAAUCGCGAGAAGGAGAGAAAAAAGAAAGUAAAAUGGGUUCCAUCGUCCUACUCGAAAGAUCACUCCUGUUCUAUCUAGUCCUCGCUCUGUCAGUCUCCUCGAUUCGCAGCGAUGGGGGAUCAUCACUGGACUACGCAGCAGUGAACGAAGAUCCGGCUAUGGACGCCGAGGAGGCCAAGGCGGUCUUCGACGUCCUGGGCGCGAUCAAUAGCGAGAUCGAUUGGAGGGCGCUCUUCCCGGGCGACAAUCCCUGCACUGGCGGCCCACACGGCGUGAAUUGCGACCUCUCCGACGAUGGCAAGCUUCGCGUCGUGGAGCUCAAUCUUGGUUGGGUGUCGGACAGCGUCAACAAUCCCCCAUGCGCCGCUAAUGCCACCAUCCACAGAUCCAUCCUCAAAUUCUCGCGUCUCCGCAAGCUCUUCUUCUAUCAGUGCUUCUUCGGCAAGCCCAUGGGCAUCCCGCCCGAGGUCUCGCAGCUCAAGUCACUCCUCCAUCUCACUUUCCAGGACAACAGUGCGCUAACCGAAGAGAUCCCGCCUCAGCUGGGCAACCUCACAUCCCUGGAGCGCCUCGUCCUCACGGAGAAUCGUCUCGUUGGAUCAAUCCCAACGGAGAUUGGGCGCCUUGUCAAUCUCAAGCAGCUUGUUCUCAGCCACAAUCUUCUCUCUGGUAGCAUUCCCGCCAGCCUAGGCGGGCUCUCGAAGCUCAUGAUCCUGGAUCUUAGUUCCAACGAUCUCUCCGGCCCCUUCCCGCCCGAGGUGGGCUCUCUUCCCAGCUUGGAGAAGAUGGAUUUGAGCUCGAAUCGCAUCCAGGGCGGUCUUGUUCUACCCAGCUCCACCAGUCCUCUGCGAUUCCUCGACUUGAGCUACAACAAUCUCAGCGGUGGCAUCCCCGGAUCGAUGGCGGCGCUAGCCGGACUGGAAAAUCUUUUCAUGCGCGGGAAUCCUCUGCUAGGUGGCGGUGUUCCAGGCUUCCUGGGCAAUCUCAGGGGGCUGGAGAUGGUGGCGCUAUCGGGCUCCGGGCUCUCGGGGCCUAUUCCAGACAGCAUUGGCUCGCUGCCGCGAUUGAAUUCCCUAGCGCUGGAUGGGAAUUUCCUGAGCGGCGGCGUCCCGGCGUCUCUGGCCGGAUUGAGCGCGCUCUAUCAUCUCAAUCUCAGCUCCAACCGGCUCUCCGGGAAGCUCCCCUUCUCGCGCCAGUUCUUUAGCCGGCUGGGGAGGAACUUGGUCGUCAAGAACAACUCCGGGCUCUGCCAUGUAUUGAUCGACGACAAGAGAAACGAUGCCUUGGAUGAUCUCAAUUCGUUCGGCAUCGCCAAGUGCGAGGACGAUGGCUCUUCGUUGUCGUCGUCGCCGUCGGUGUUGGGGUGGGACGCUGCUUCUUCCCGGCAAGAAAGUUCUUCCUCUCUUCUCGGAAAUCAUUGGAGGUUUCGUGCAUUGGUUUUGGCGAUGGUCGUUGUGUUGCUAGAACUAAUAUAAAAUGAGAGAUCUCUUCGUAUUUUAAGAUUUCUACGGCCGUAUAGAAAGCCGUAUGUUCUUUUGAGUAGACUCUUUACUUUCCUUGAAACAGAAAUUUUUGUGAAUC